AAUAAACAAAGGGAAUCCCUUUUGAUCAUCUAAUUCUAAAACACCAUUAAAACCCACUCAUUUCCUUUUGCUAAAUAAACACACUUCAUACUUCAUAUCAUCUUCUUCACAUUGUUUUCUCUCUUUCCCUCUUGCAUUCCUCAUACUACAUUGUAUCAGAAUUCUUUCCUCACGUGCUUCAUCUUGGUAAAACAAGAUGCUGGAAAUGACAGAAGAAGUAUGUCCAAUGGAGGACGCUCUUCUUGCACUUUUAGAUAACUUAGUUGGCCCAGUGCUGCCAGCUAGAUUUAUUACGGAUAACCCUCCUUUAUCUCAUCAGCAAGUUGUUGCAAAACAGGUACAUGCUGUAGUGUUAUUGUACAACUACUACCAUCGAAAAAAAUGCCCAAAGCUAGAUUUUCUUGGUUUCGAAUCAUUUUGCAAGUUGGCUGUGGUUUUAAAACCAGCAUUAUUGGUGCAUUUCAAACUGACACAAAUGAAAAACUAUAUGAAGUUAGAUGAUCUGGAGAACCAUCUAUCACCAACAGAGAAGUCAAUUAUGCAAGCCUGUGAUAUAUCUACAGCAUUAGAUGCAUCAAGAAAAGACCCCAUUGUUGAAGGAUGGCCAAUUACUAAAGUUGCAGUAUUUUUGAUUGACUUGAAGAAAGAGAAUUGUUUGUUACUAGAUAGUGUGACUCAAGGGGUUUAUUCAGUGAUUGAAAAAGAUGUAGAGGCCUCAAACCAAAGUUUAAGGAGUACAAUGGGGAAAUCUCAAACAUGUAAAAGGAACAAAGUAAUUCAAAAAAUUCCAAAAGUUGAACCCGGGACUAAUUCAACUGAUUUUCAGCAACUUGCUUAUUUAGCUGUCUUGGAAGCUACAGGUGUUAAUCAGACAGAUCUGACAAUUUUGGAAGACCAUGUUGUGUAUUCUGAUAGUAAAGAAAAGGCAGCGGUGCAGUUUUACAUCAUGCAAGCCAAAUCAGUCACAGAAAAUAUUAUUCAAUUUCCCAUCAAAGAUGUCAUUGACAGUCUGCAGGGUCCUUUGGUUAGAAAGAUCUCUGGAAAUUGGACAGUUACCCCAGUUGUUGAAUAUUUCCAUCUUCUUCCUUAUGGUGGGAUUUUAUUAAAUUGGAUGAAAAGUUUACAUGAUUCCAGGCAGGGAAAAAGCCCUGAAAGGACGACAAUUCCAAGGACAUUGGCAGAAAAUAAAAUUCAAGUUAAUUUUCAUGCUGGUGGCAUAAGAGAAGUUAAUAGCCACAAGACAACUGCAACUGAUCUCAAAUCACCAAAGGAUGAAGAUGCUAUUGGCUUUUCCAAUGCUUCUAACGAGCCUGGUAUCAAGGAAGAAAAUGUGAGGAAAUACAUUGAACUUUUGAGAAUCAAAGUUAAGUUUGAGAUGGACUUAACAACAAAGUCAAACAGUUCUGACUGUGCAAUUGAGAAGGCUUCUUUUGGAAAUAGAAUCAGUGACAUCUCAAGCGGUCAAAAUGGAUUUGGUUGCCGUGCAAUGGUUGCUUAUCAUUCCAACGGCAUAUCAGAUAAAGGAGGAAAUUGUUAUCAUACAUUGGCCACUUAUCAAUCUUCUUCUCAGCAUCUUGAGAAGAUACAAAGUGUCAUGGCUUCGAAACACAACUUAAUGACCGAGACUGCCUUAAAACUUCUCAGAAGUAGAAGAAAUAAGCUGUCUUUGAAGUUGCGGGAUAUAGAGGAUGAGAUUGCUGAGUAUGAUAGAAAAAUGGAGACAAUUAUAAAUGGUGGUGAAGAUGACCUUCAGCUGGUGUUAGAAUCCCUCAUUGAAGGUGGUAAUGAGGAAAGCCAACGAAGUGCUGCUGACCAUGUAAGGACUAAUCAACGGGUUGAAGACACGUUAGACAACAAGAGAAAGAGGUUGUCAGAAGCCAUUCUUAGCACACGAAAUGCUCGCCAGGAAUUGGAUGAUAUUUGUGAUGCAAACAAUUGGAUAUUACCCAUCUACCACAUAAACCCAGCCCAAGGUGGAUACAUAGCCAAUGUAAGCAUACAAGGAGCAGGUUUCGAAUGCUCAAGUGAGGGAGAGGUGCAUUCAAGUCGCGGGGAAGCACGAGAAUCGGCUGCUGCACUCAUCUUGGUGAAGUUGCGCAUGAUAGCAACUCGGUCUCUAGAUAAUUAGUAGGUUACAGUUGGUGGGGGAUGCUACAAUCAAAUGCAAACUGGAUUUUGUGCAAAUGAAAAGUUCAUGAAAAUAUUUUAACGUGGCCCUGCAGCUACUGCUACAGCUACAGAUACUUUUUUUUACCAAGGAAAAGAGAAGUAUUAAUACAAUCUCAAGGGAACACAGACUUUUAGUUUUUUUUACAGAUGUCUUUAUCUAUGUGUCAUGAUGAUCUUAAUAUUUCAUCAUGCUUUUACCUCAGAUUUACAAUUCUUGAAUUCACAUCACAAUUUUGGAAGUUGAAGUUGAAGGAGAAUCUAAUUUGUACAAGACGAAUAAACCGCUAAAACCAAACUGAAUAUAAGCUCACAUUAACCCGUCAA